AUGGGCUUGGAGACCAGCUGUUUGGUUCAACCAGGGGCUCCGCGGCAUCAAAUCCAGGGCGGCUACACAUCCACAGGCUGCUUUGUGCCGGGCAACAGCUGCAUGGGCCCGGGUGCGUGCAUGAAUCGAGAUGCCCGCAAUGUCAAGAACGGAGAGGCAAGAGCCGGUCGACAUGGCCCACUCCUGGAGUCCCUGGCGCUGCGGCCGCUGCCGACGGGCACGGGAAGCCCCUUCUGCGGUCCCGACCGAGGCGUUACUCUCGAGGCAAAGUAUUCCUCAUCUGAGGAGGCAUGUAAAGCCGCCAAGAAGUUUGCCGUGUCUGGCGAUGCUCAGCAGGCGCUUGUGGCAUAUUCACAUGCCCUGGAGAUGGACGAGAACAACGCCAGCGUUUGCGAUGACUUUGGGCAAUUCCUCCUCGCCCAUGGACAGUUGGCUGGAGCGGAGUAUCUCUUUCAACGGGCUGUUUCUCUGGACCCACUCAAUGCACAGUACUGCUACCGAAAGGGCGUUGUUCUGCAGCAACAGAGGCAGCUGAAGCAGGCUGUUGAAGCCUUCAUGGCUGCAUUGUCUUUGAAACCUCAGUUUCUUGGUGCUCUCUUUAACUUGGGGGUCGUGCAUCGCGAAUUGGGACAGAUCACAGUGGCUGCAGAGCAGUUCAAAAGGCUUCUGCAGCUCAAUGCAGAGGACCCCUGUGCCUUAGCUAUGCUUGGAGAGUGCCAAGCUGAACUGGGAGACUUGGAGGCGGCCAUAAAGUCGCUGGAGGGGGCCGUGCGACUGGACCCCGAGAACCGCUCAGCCCAAAAGGACCUCAUGCGACUCCGGCAGCAAGUCGGACAGAUCGGACGCGUGUGA